UGAAUUUACUCGUCAAUAUGAGAGAGGAUAUUUUGAUUUCUGUGGUUACUUUGGUCAGUGGAUUUGCCUCUAUUCUUGGAGGAGUUGCGCUCAUUUUGUCACAUAUCUUCGUUAGACGUUUAUAUUUUGUUCGGGUUUUGUUAAUAUGUCUCACAUUUGCCGACAUUUUACAAGCAAGUGGAGCAGUUUUAGGAACCACAAACUAUCUGACAUUAAGUGAACAGAAGAGGAAAGACUCCAAUUCAUUCUGCGUCGUUCAAAGUUUUAUAACAACUUUUUCCAGUGUUUCGUCAUUUAUUUGGACAACUGUGAUAACAAUUCAUCUCUUUUACUGUUUCAUGAAACAAAUUAGUGAGACAAAGAACUACACCAUCUUUCUUUACCAUGUUGCAGGAUGGCUUGUACCAGCUUUCAUUUCUGUUGUUGCUCUUGAGUCUGACAAACUCGGACGCGGAACUUUUAAUAGCGGUGCCAAAGACCAUGACCCCGGGAUGAUAUCUAGUGGUCAGUGGUGUUGGGUUAAGGUGAAUGCAACCGAGAUCACCUCCACAGAUAUAGCCUUUAUGUUCCUUGCUGGGAAAGGAUGGGAAUUUGCAACAUAUCUAAUAGCAGGAGCAUUUUAUAUAAUACUAAUGGUGAAUAAUUAUCUAAGGAGAAGACGGGAAGAUCCUAGCCUUUGGAAUUCAGAUAUAGUAAGGGCAGAUGAUGAACGGUUUUGUUAUACGCCUUUUAUACUAUACCUACUCAGGAUCUGGGGAUCAACGAGAUUCAUCUUCACUAUAAUUGGAGCCUAUAAAAACCAAACUGUAGACAAAGUCGACUCCGUUCUGGUGUAUUUUCAUUGCAUAGGAGACAGUUCACAAGCAUUUGCAAAUUUUCUUCUUUUUUGUGUUUUUGACAAAGAUUUUCGGAAAGAAAUUUAUCGUGGAUGUAAUAGUCGAAAUAACAACGAAGAGGGGACGCCCUUGUUAUCCUGCGAAGAUCAAGAAGAUGAAACAAACAUUUGA